AUAAUUCUUCAAGUCUCCAAGUAGCUCUGGCCAAAUUUACAGAUACUGGAAUUGUAUUUUUUGAAUGUUGUUUUUUCGAUAAAAUUAUUUCAAACUUAAAGUCUAUCAUCCUAACUUGUCAUAAGAAAGGAAUUCCAGUUUUAUGGACUCAGCAUGGUCACAUGGAUGUUGAACUCGAUGGAGGCGCCUUGGCACGAUGGACUGAACUUAAUUCCUUUCUCAUAUCUCUCAGUAUAAAAACACUCAUAAUUUCUGGUGUUAAAACAAACUUAUGCUGUGAGACAACUUCCAGGAAUGAUGGAAAUGAUGAUGCUAAUAAUAAUUUUAUAGAAGCAUUUGAUGAGAAUCAUGAUAUUGUUUUUCUUGAGGAUGCGACUGCUGUGGAUACUAAAGAGAUGCAUGAGGCAGCUUUAUUGAACAUAGGAUAUGGAUGGGGCAUAGUUACCACUGUUAAUAAUACUACUAAAUAG